AUGAAGCUGGCUGUCAUGUGGUUGUGCCUUCUGCAUUUGACCGUUGUCGUUGCCGGACAAUACACCCGCAAAGAGCAUCGCAAAGACCGCAGCAAUGCGCCGGCCAAAGCCCCCCAGAAGCCUCAGCCCCUCGGCACAGCGACAGUGACCAAAGAAGAAGAAGAAGAGGAGGAGCGUCUGCUACACGUUAAAUAUGAAGGUCAUGGAGUCCUGGAGAUGCCAUCGGGAACCGGGAAGACCAUCUCUCUGCUGUCUCUCAUUGUUGCCUACCAAAAGGUCUUUCCUUUGGAAGUGUCCAAGCUAAUAUACUGCUCCAGAACAGUUCCAGAGAUCGAGAAGGUUGUGGAGGAGCUGCGGAAAUUGAUGGAGUAUUAUUCCAAGCAAACUGGAGAGAGCAACAACUUCCUGGCUCUCGCCCUCUUCUCCAGAAAAAACCUCUGCAUCCACCCAGAGGUGAGUGCUCUGCACGUCGGUAAAGAGGUUGAUGGGAAGUGCCACACGCUGACGGCAUCAUACAUCCGAGCACAACGCCAUAGCGACCCCGACCUGCCUGUGUGCUGCUUUUAUGAGGAUUUUGAUGCGGUCGGCCCACAGGUGCCCCUCCCCGCCGGGGUCUACAACCUAGACGACCUAAAGGACUUCGGCAAGAGGAACGGCUUGUGUCCGUAUUAUCUGGCACGCUACUCGCUCAUGCAUGCCAACAUUGUGGUGUACAGUUACCACUACCUGCUGGACCCCAAGAUAGCUGACCUAGUGUCCGUGGUGGUGUUUGAUGACGCUCAUAACAUCGACAAUGUGUGCAUCGACUCCAUGAGUGUGAACAUCUCCAGACGAACACUCGACCGCUGCCAGACCAACGUGGAGACUCUGCAGAACACCAUACAAAAUGGCAUCUACAAUGCCUGGGCGUGUGAGAAUGGCAGAGGAGCCAUCCUGCUGUCUGUGGCCAGGGGGAAGGUGUCUGAAGGGAUAGAUUUUGUGCACCGUUUUGGCCGGGCAGUCAUCAUGUUCGGAGUGCCUUAUGUUUACACGCAGAGCCGCAUCCUCAAGGCUCGUCUGGAGUACCUUCGCGAUCAGUUUCAGAUCAGAGGGAACGACUUUCUAACGUUUGACGCCAUGCGUCACGCCGCCCAGUGUGUAGGUCGAGUCAUCCGGGGAAAGACGGACUACGGGAUCAUGAUCUUCGCCGACAAGCGCUAUGCCCGAGCAGACAAACGUGGGAAGCUCCCUCUCUGGAUUCAGGAGCACAUCAGCGACGGCAGUCUGAACCUCACCGUGGACGAGGCCGUCCAGCUCUCCAAGCACUUCCUGCGACAGAUGGCUCAGCCGUUCAGACCGGAGGACCAGCUGGGUUUGUCUCUGUUGACUCUCGAGCAGCUGGAGUCGGAGGAGAUGCUGAAGAAAAUCAGUCAGAUUGCUCACCAGACCUGAAGGCGACACAGACACACUGUGCAAUGUCAUCACCCGUUGAAACGUAUUCAAAACCCAGCUGGCCCAGCUCUGGUGGUUACAGUAAUGAUUCCUGACUGGAUAACUAUCGAUGUAUAUUCAUGACACACCGCCAAAGGUCUGAGCCACUUCCUGUAUUCCAGGUCUCACACACAGCCUACAGAGGUUUGAGCACCACAGCUCUUUAAGUGCAUUUCAUGUCAGAUGCUGCAGUUUUAUGGAGAUCACUCACAGGUGUACUGUGAGAGGAUAUAGUGAGAGCACUGUAACGAUUAAAGUAGUCUUGUCUGUAAUACAGAAGUAUUAAUAGUAAUAACUACUUUUUUUUUGCCGCUGCAACUGUACAGUCAACUUUUAUACUGAACUUGAAUAUUUGUGUCUGUUUUUCAACCAGGAAGUUGGAAUAUAAAUGUUUGUAUUCAA